AUGCUCGUUGCUUCUGCCCCUGUAUUUUUCACGCUUCGGCUCUCUUGGAUUCAGUGCAUGUCACUCGCAAACAACGGUCGCGUAGUGCUCGCCCUCGAGGGUGGCUAUCAUGCACCGGCAGUGGCAGCUUGUAUUGCCAGCUGCCUGAACGCUCUAAUUCUACCGAGUCAACAAGCAUUUGACUUGGCGCUUUGUCCCUGUGACAGACUUGCAUCCUAUCCAACCCAGCCCACGAGACUCUUCACCGCUGCUCCUCCUCCUUUUUCUUCUUCUUCCCCUCGUCCUCCUCCUACUUCUUCUUCUUCUUCUUCUUCUUCUCCUUUUUCUUCUUCUUCUUUCUCUUCUUCUCCUCCUCUUCCCCCUUCUUCUUCUUCUUCUUCUUCUCCUCCUCUCCGUCUUCUUCCUCUUCCUCUUUCUCUUUCUCUUACUCUACCUCCUCCUCCUCCUCCU